GGCGGAAGUGAGGUUGGUUUCCGGUGGCGAGUAGAAGGGGUUGCCUGGGUCUCGUGUUGCGCGGGCGGGAAACAGGGCGAGGGAAGGAUUUCGGGGGGGUGGGGAAGAAGAGAUCCGGUGUUCUUGGUUUCUUGGGGCUUCCUUUGCUUCUCUCGUGGUAGAAUAUGCCAGUCACUAAGACUCCUGCUUGAUGUCCUGUGGGAUUCCUGGCAAAACACCUUCCAAACAGGAUACUUUAGGGAUCUCAUACCAGCCCCUGCCAUAGUGGGCAGGGAGCUGUCAACAUGGCAGAUACAUUGGAGUUCAAUGAAAUAUACCAAGAAGUGAAGGGAUCUAUGAAUGAUGGCCGUCUGCGGCUGAACCGUCAAGGUGUGAUUUUUAAGAACAGCAAAACUGGGAAAGUUGACAACAUCCAGGCCUCAGAAUUGGCAGAGGGUGUCUGGAGGCGAGUAGCAUUGGGACAUGGCCUCAAGCUGCUUACUAAAAGUGGCCAUGUCUACAAGUAUGAUGGGUUCAGAGAGACGGAGUUCGACAAACUUUCAGAUUUCUUCAAAACACACUUUCAUUUAGAUCUUGCUGAGAAAGAUCUAUGUGUAAAGGGCUGGAACUGGGGGACAGUCAAAUUUGGAGGGCAACUUCUCUCUUUUGAUAUUGGGGAGCAACCAGUUUUUGAAAUCCCACUCAGUAACGUGUCCCAGUGCACCACUGGCAAGAAUGAGGUGACCCUGGAGUUCCAUCAGAAUGACGAUGCUGAGGUGUCCCUCAUGGAGGUCCGCUUCUAUGUGCCACCCACUCAGGAGGAUGGUGUAGACCCCGUGGAGGCAUUUGCCCAGAAUGUGUUAUCAAAGGCAGAUGUCAUCCAGGCUACUGGAGAUGCUAUCUGUAUCUUCCGAGAGCUGCAGUGCUUGACUCCUCGUGGGCGCUAUGAUAUCCGUAUCUAUCCUACCUUCCUGCACCUCCAUGGCAAAACAUUUGAUUACAAGAUCCCAUAUACCACUGUUCUGCGGCUUUUUUUGCUUCCCCAUAAAGAUCAGCGCCAAAUGUUUUUUGUGAUCAGCUUAGACCCUCCUAUAAAGCAAGGCCAAACUCGCUAUCACUUCCUUAUUCUACUGUUCUCAAAGGAUGAGGAUAUCUCCUUGACCCUCAACAUGAAUGAGGAUGAAGUUGAGAAGCGCUUUGAAGGACGGCUCACCAAAAACAUGUCUGGGUCUCUGUAUGAGAUGGUCAGUCGUGUCAUGAAAGCCCUCGUGAACCGCAAGAUAACUGUACCAGGCAACUUUCAGGGACAUUCUGGAGCCCAGUGCAUCACGUGUUCCUACAAAGCUAGUUCGGGCCUCUUAUAUCCUUUGGAACGUGGCUUCAUCUAUGUGCACAAGCCACCUGUUCACAUCCGCUUUGACGAGAUUGCUUUUGUCAACUUUGCUCGUGGGACCACAACAACACGUUCCUUUGACUUUGAGAUAGAAACCAAGCAAGGGACACAGUAUACUUUCAGCAGCAUAGAGAGAGAAGAAUAUGGAAAACUCUUUGACUUUGUGAAUGCCAAGAAAUUGAACAUCAAGAAUCGGGGACUUAAGGAGGGCAUGAAGAACGUGACCUACGACGAAUAUGACGGUUCUGAUGAAGACUCCCAUGAUGCCUACUUGGAGCGGAUGAAAGAGGAGGGCAAGAUUCGUGAAGAACAUGCGAAUGACAGCAGUGAAGACUCCGGAGAGGAGACAGAUGAGUCAUUCAAUCCGGUAGAGGAGGAGGAAGAUGUGGCAGAAGAGUUUGAUAGCAAUGCCUCUGCUAGUUCGUCUAGUAAUGAAGGGGAUAGUGAUGAGAAGAAAAAACCUGUCAAAAAAGCCAAAAUUGUUAAAGAACGGAAGCCCCGCAAGAAACAGUCUGAGGGUAAGAAAGGGAAAGACCCCAAUGCCCCAAAGAGGCCUUUAUCUGCAUAUAUGCUCUGGCUCAAUGCUAAUCGUGACAAGAUCAGAUCAGACAGUCCUGGCAUGAGCGUCACUGACGUGUCUAAGAAAGCUGGGGAACUGUGGAAAGGAAUGUCAAAAGAGAAGAAAGAGGAAUGGGAGCGCAAAGCAGAAGAGGCCAAGAGGGAUUAUGAGAAGGCCAUGAAGGACUACAGUGAGGGGGGCAAAGUGGACAGUUCCAAGAGAGAAAAAGCCAAAAAGAAAAAGCCUGAAAAAUCAGGAAAAGGCAAAACAGAGAAGAAGGUAGCGACACCUGUAAAAUCUGCUAGCAAGAUUCCUCCUAAACAGUUAAGUGAGAGCUUCAAGAGCAAGGAAUUUGUGUCCAGUGAUGAAAGUUCCUCAGGCGAAGACAAGAAGGAGGACUCUGAGGAGGAGGAGAUAGCCAGCACGCCACCUAGUUCAGCAGAAUCUGCCUCUGGCUCUGAUUAGCCAGGAAUACUCAAGCCAUCACACUGGUUCCCCUAGCCCUCCUGCAGGUGGCAUGGUAGCUAUACUGCCGAGGGGAGACUGACUGGACAUUUUCAUCCAGGCCAAUAGGCUGAAGACCUGGCAAGGCAUAGGGAUAUCUUUCUUUUUUCACUGGCCUCCUCAGCUAUUUUCCCUUCCAAUACCACAGUAAUUAGUCAGAGCCAAUUACUGCCUUUGGAGAGAAAGGAUGCCGCCUAAAGAAAAUCGAGAAAGCCAGCCAUCCCUUGUUUUCUGCCUCCGUGUUGUUGCAGGCGCACUGUAUCCUUUCAGAUGGCGAGCUGAAUGGCAUACAGCUGAAAGCUGGGACACUGUACGGUCUCCAGAGUCAAGUUCAGUUGGUAUUUCUAUCUUUCCCUUCCUGGUUUUUUAAAAGUUCUCUUCGCAUUUCUGUUUUAUCAUGGCUAACUGAAUUAAUAAAAAAAUAAAAUGGCUAUAGAUGGGGUUUGUUGUAAUAUAAUCCAAGGUAACAGCCAGACCAAUGAGCAAGUGUCUUUUCAAUCCGGAGAGCUGCAAGGAGGAGAAAGAAAAAAAGUAGCCAAGGGUUUCUGCAGCAGCAAAUGCAGGGAAAGACUUCCCUUGCCGCCACCUCUCUUGACCUGAGCCAGUGAUUACCCUGGAGGCAGUAGUGUGGCAGCUGUAUCUUCCUCCGCCUUGGGCCAAGGGUCUUAACUUUACUGCCUUCCAUUAGCAACAGCACUAAUUGUAUUUAAAGAGCCAUUGUGUGCUGCUGGGACUUGGCUAAUGCAAGGAACAGUCAAUAGUAUAGAGGUCUGGCAGUGCAGGAGGCUCACAUCAGUGGUAAUGGCUUUGAGCAUCUUUGGCAUUAGCACUUAGGACAUUCCUGGUUUCUCCUACAAGCGCUGCUGCGUAAGGCAGGGUGGGGAGAGAGAUGCUGUUGUGCUCUGGCCUUCUAGUAAAGGCCAGAAGGGAACACAGUGAACAGUGUGGUUUUUUUCCCCCUCUCUCUUAGAAUUAACUGUCCAUAACAACCAGUAUGAAGGCACUUACCAAUAUGCACAACUCUGGAAGGGUUAAUGGUGGAAUUAGGUCUGGUCUCUGGUUGCAUGAUAGUGGCUCUUUAAUUGAUAAGGAGGUUAUUCCUCAAAUCUGCCCAAAGAUUCAUGAAUAGAAAUAAAAGCAGUUGGCAUUCCUGAUUCAGCCCACAGAGUUCACCAGCCUCUACAUUAAGGAUUCUCCUGGCAUAAAACAGAUUCCAGCUUAAUCAGUAUUCUGUCCCCUGGAUAUGAAAGAAAAAUCAUUAGAGAGACGUGGAAGCAGAAUGGCAAUGAAAUCAUUUAUCCCAAUCGGCAUAUUGCAUUGUUACAGGAUUUUCUCUUGGCUAAAAUCUGAAAAGGGAAAACCAGUGCGUGCUACCGGCUGUCACAUUGUUAGAGAGUUUGGUCAUACAUAUUAGGCAUUGCUUUGAAUAAUUUAUAUGUUCCAACCUGGCUGUUUAGACAUUAGGAAUGAAUGGCUGGUUUUCCAGAUUUCAUUUCCCCCUAUUACUAUAGUUGCACGUACCAGUCAAAUGCUUCUUGUGUUUUUCAUUGUCAUAAAAUAACAUUCACAAUUAAUAUAGACCAUUUUAUUUUAUUAAUUUCCUGAUGAAAUGACCAGAAAGUCUUGUCAUUAAUAACAAACAUGCUUUGAAUCCUAUCUGCUUGGGCAAAAUAAGAUGCUCCCUCUUGUAUUCCUGUCUCUUUUCUAUACCCCUCUGAAACAGGAUGUGUGCACAUUUGUGAUGGGAGCAGGAGGUGCCCUUAUUGGUUGUUAUGGACAGAUAAUCUUCAGUUGACCCCUUUUGUGGGGAUGUUUGAACUGUCAAAAAUACAUUUCUGCAUUCAUAUAUUGGCUACCUAUGAUAUAAUUUAUGGUAUUCCGCAGAGACGAAUUAUGUAGAAUCCUAGGCAGACCCCUUUGUUAGUUCUUCCCUUCUUGCACAACCUGAAUUCAUGGGGUUUUAUUUGAUAUUCUUUGCUCUUUUAAUGAAUAAAUGAGAGGCUAUGUACUUGUGAAGGGCCAGAAUCGAGCUUCAUUAUUUAAAAAUUAUUUCUCACCUUGGCCCUGUAGCAUAGCUGUAGUCCACAAAUUCUGUAAGAAUCCUCAUCUACCCAGGAAAAAAGACAAAACAAGGGAACACUUAAGGAUGCUCUUUGGCUUCUGGAAUGUUUCAACUGGUUUUGGUUGCCGAUUUAUGAAAGUACCUUUUCAU